CAACACUUAUUAGUUUUAAUACAUACAUAUUAUUCUAAUAGCAAUAACAAAAAAAAUGGCUCAAUCUUAUUCUGUCCUAUCAAUAUUCACCACACUUGUCAUCGUGUUAUGCCUAGCCAUUUGGGCCCCAGCAACAUGUUCCGCAGACCAGAACGUGGCCGGCGGGAUCAACUUUUUGGGCUUGCCAUGGGGACUCCCAUGCCUUCAAUCCGUAAUUGGAACCGACGGCUGCGUUCAGGAGGUGGUGUCCUCAUUUCUGAGUCUUCAGCCCAGAUUUCUUGGGCCUCAAUGUUGCAGAGCUUCCAUCACCGUUGACGACAACUGCUGGCCCAAGAUCUUCCCCCUCAACCCAUUUUUCCCACCUCUUCUCAAGAGUUUUUGCGCUUCCCAGCUUCCACCGACCACACCACCAUCCACCAUAGAUUAAAAUUCUCAAUUUUUUUUUUAUUUAUUUUUUUGCGUUACUGCGAAUAAUAUUUAUCAAAUGGUUUCUUAGCUUCUUUUUUUUUUUGCUUUGUAAGCUAAUUUUGUUUUCAUUUUAAUUCGGA